AUUUUUAGCUCUCAAAAACGUGCUUAUAAACUUGUCACUCUCUCUCGAGAACACAGCUGUGUGCGGGUUUGCUCUCCUGGAAAAAAUAGAGAGAUACAAUACAUAUGCUGCGCUCUUGCUGUUGCCGUUAAUAGAACAACUGUUUUAGACAACCAACAGCAGAAGUAAACCUGAAAUUCAACUCAUUACAGUUGAAGAAACGCGCGCGUUGUGUAAAGACGACGUUGUUGUAGUAGUUCCGUCAUUGUUUCAAGAAAAAAAAUAAAUUUUUUUCAGUUUUUUAUUUCGCAUACAAAAAAAAAAAAUAACGAAAAAAUACAUGAAUACAAAAAAAUAUAUAUAUAAAAUACAUACAAAAAAAAAUAAAUACAACUGGAAAUAAAACAAAAAAAUAUAUAUUAAAAGAUUUUUUUCCCCCAAAUAGAAGCAAACAAAAUUACGCAAAUAUUAAUAAUGAAGAAAAGAAUUGCAAAACAAAUCAAAAAGAAAAAAAAAAGUUAAAAAGUGAUUUAUUUUGUGGUAAUUUUUCUAUACAAAAGAAACUAAAUUAUGACGGAUGCUUUAAAAUUGGCUGAAAUGCAACGCACAAAUAUUGAAUUUGAACGUCAAAGACAUUUGGCAAAUUGGUUAAUCAAAAGUAGUCCUCAUAUGGCAACACCACCAGCAACAACAACAGCAGCAGCAACAACAGCAACACAACAACAACAGCAACAUCAAGCCUCCCAUACGUCAAGUAAUAACUGUGGAACAGCAACAACAGCUUUAACUGCAGCUGCACAAAUAGCUACAGCAACAACUAGCAACAAUACAACAGCGUCAACAACAGCAGCAACAAAUCCAUUAUCAUCAUCAUCAUUAAUACCAGCAACAUCAUUAUUAUCAUCUAGCAAUAAUGGAGCUACACAUACAACAAAUAGUGGUGAGUUUUGUUAAACUUACUCUCUCAUAAAAUACAACAUUUUUUUUAACAGACAGUGAGAAAAAGAGAGAGAAAGAGCGCAGCAAAUGCUAAAUAACGGUUACUAAGAGCUUUUUUUCUUUUGUUAGAAAAGAGCAGGAAAUUAAAACGUCCCCUGUAGAAAUUUAGGAAAUUUCAUCAUUAAGUGUAAUUUGGUGUAAGCUGUGCAGCAAAAUUCUUUAUUAAAGAAAAUGUGUGCAAAUGUUAGCAAAUGUGUGCAAAUGUUGGCAAAUGUGUGCAAAUGCUGGCAAAUGUGUGCAAAUAAUAUUGCAAAUAGCAAAUAUUGUUAACGAGUGCGUUUUAUAGUUAAUAAAGUCAAAGCAAAUGUUAUAAAGUGUAAGCUGCAAAAUUCCACCCUUAAAAAAGAAAAACCUCUAAAUAUUAAAUAAAAAUCACUGCCCACCCUUAAUUUUAAACGAAAGUAUAAAAAUCACAAAUAAUAGUUAACUAAACUAUAAAGUGCUUCAAUCAAUGUGUAACAACUGCAGGCGUUAGCAACAGUCUUUGUUAAAUAUUCCCAAAAAAAAUCUAAAUGAAAAAAAAGUGAUGA